AUGUUGAGUAGUAAGGUUAUACUACUUGUCUGCGCACUUCUGGUUUGUCUUUACUCAUUAAUUUUCGAUAGAAACAAUUCCAAGUGCUCCGCUCCCACAGAUCCCGGGUACAUUUUCAAACAUAUGUUGACUUUUCGAGAUGUUACAGCUCUCAGUGGGAGAUUAAGCAUGCAACGCUUUGGGUAUAUUCUAAGCAAAAUCAAUAUUAUUCGCCCGAUUGGAACUGCGAACCACACAUUAGUCAGAGAGUUCAUUAGUAAGGAGCUUAGUGAGAGUGGUUGGACAGUUAAAUUGGAUACGUUUUCGGAAUCCACAGUGAUUGGAAAUAGGACUUUUGCAAACAUUGUAGCUGUCAAUAGACCGCAUGCGUCCCGCCGCAUUAUUUUGUCUUGCCAUUAUGAAUCAAAGCUGAUGCACAACUUUUAUGGAACCAUUGAUUCAGCUGUUCCCUGUUCAAUCAUUGUAAAUAUUGCUGAAAGUCUCAUCAGACUCUUCCAGUCAUCAAAAAGUGACACUACCGUUCAGCUGGUAUUCUUUGACGGUGAAGAGGCCUUUAGGGAAUGGACAGACACCGACUCCCUUUAUGGCUCGCGUCACCUCGCUGCGCAGAUGGCCCAAGCUGAUUCACAGGGCUGUAACGAAAUUAGCCAAAUUGAUUUGUUCGUUCUUUUGGAUUUGAUAGGUGCCGCCCACCACCCCUUUCCUCGUUAUCCGCACUGCGACCCUCGGUUUUAUGACAUGCUCCGCGACAUAGAACGCCUCUUAAAGCCCUUCUUUCUCUUGGGAUCGCAAAGCCCUGAGGAUAGACGGAAGCCCUCCUACUUUUCUUCAACUAUUCAUCCGGGGAUCCUGGAUGAUCACACACCAUUCCUCAGUAAAGGUGUACCAGUCCUUCACUUGGUCCCCGCUCCCUUUCCUCCACAGUGGCACGACGUUAGCGACACAAUCGACAACAUUGACUUUGAGGCAAUUCACGACAUACAGCUCGUGAUAGCCACUUUUCUUUGUCAGUUUCUUCAAGUUCCACCCAACUCGAUCGAAAAUUUUCUUACUAUGUGA